AUAUCAGAACCAGUUUCACAAACUGAUCCAGAAGCUGGUUCAUCAUCCCAAAAUAAUCCAGUUCCACAAAUUGUUUCAGAAUCAGAUCAAGACCCUAUAAUUCAAAAUAAUCCUGAUACAAACUUGGGAGAUAUUAGUGAUGUUGUUCAGGAAGAUAUUAUUCUUCUUAAUGAAUUAGGUUUAUUGAAUAAGGCAAAGAGUAAAAAUUUUGUUUCAGAAAAAUAUAUAAAAGGAGGAUUUGCCACUCAAUAUCCAAUACCAUCAGGAGAUAUUAUCUUUGAGGAAGCCGAAGUUGGAGAUCCAGAUAGACCACACCCAACCAUCCAAGACCGAAUGAGUGCAUGA